UCCACCAAACCCUAACAUUUGGGGGGCGCAUUUUCUCUCUCCUAGGGUUUCUAGUUUCGCGCCAAAAUCAACCGCGCUUGUCGAAUUGGGGCUUCGAUUGGAAUUUUGGGGGUGUUUCGAUGACAUAUGAGGAGAAUGGUGAUCGGAGAGAGGUGGUGGGGGAGAUGAUCAUCGGAAUUGCGGGCGGUGAGGAUGAUCAGAAGGCGAGGGGGGACUAUGUGAAGCUGAGGCACUGCCCUGAGGAGGCUGAGGUGGAGGGAAGUUGGAUUGGGUGCUUUUGGUAUUGGGUGAGGUUGGUGUUGCUGUUUAUGUGCCUGGGGUUGUUGGCUGGGGUUUUUAUCAAGUGGGUUGGGCCGUUUCUGAUGGAUAAGGAGGUUAUUCCGAUGAUUAACUGGGAAACAAAAACAUUCAGUCCUCCAGUGCUUGCUAUUUUAGUCUUUGCUUCCGUGGCAUUGUUUCCGACGAUCCUCUUACCAUCUUCACCUUCUAUGUGGGUGGCUGGAAUGACUUUUGGUUAUGGCUAUGGAUUUCUUCUCAUUAUAUCAGCUGCAGCUAUUGGAAUAUCACUUCCAUAUUUCAUUAGCUUUCUAUUCUACCAUAAGAUUCAGGGAUGGUUAGAAAAAUAUCCAAAGAGAGCUUCCAUUCUAAGAUCAGCUGGCGAAGGAAACUGGUUCCAUCAGUUUCGAGCUGUAGCAUUAAUCAGGAUUUCUCCAUUUCCGUAUAUUAUAUAUAAUUACUGUGCUGUGGCAACCAAUGUCAAGUAUGGUCCAUACCUCUUUGGAUCCCUGGCAGGAAUGGUUCCGGAAACAUUUGUUGCCAUUUACACUGGGAUCUUAAUACGGACAUUGGCAGAUGCUUCACAUGAGCACCAUGGCCUCUCCGCCCCACAAAUAAUCUUCACUGUUGUUGGCUUUGCUUUGGCUGUGGCUACCACAAUUUUCUUCACAGUGUAUGCAAAAAAGCAGCUCAAAGAAUUGCAUAAGGAAGAUGAGCCACUGUUGCAAUAAGUUCUGGUUCUAGUUUUGGUUGCAGAAAUACUCUGCCGCACAGGUGACAUGGGGGCUCUCUAGAUGAAGUUUCUUUUAUUAAACGACUUCAUCUGUUGAUGUUGUCAAUGUAGUGUAAAUUGAUGCUGCAUAAACAUUGCGGACGAUGACGGAGAAGCGGCCUUGACAUCCAUAGAACAUGAUUGCCACUAGUAUCACCCCUUAAAAACAAGUGUUGAUUUUCUUUUGCUCUAUCAAGUCCUCCCUCUUAAUUAUCUAUUGUAUAUGAUUGAAGUGACUCUCAAGGAUUGAAUUGGAUUCUGCAAAAUUCUUGAUUGUAUAUACAAAUGACUCUUUA